GAGACGCACUGGGCAGUGUUUUCCCUCUCUCUGUGUGGUCAUUCCCCCCCUUCUCUUUCACAUAAUAAUAAUAAUAAUAAUGCACCGCCCCAGGAGAGUAGCCUGGAGCGAGAGCUCCGAAGACCCUCCUCCAGGGCUGAAGCCAGGCUCUGGGGUGACUUUUGGGUCCCAAGAAGAGGAGGAGGAGGAGGAGGAAGAAGAAGUGGGGGAGCCUCUUUGGGGGAGAGGCCCCCAGGUGCAGCACCAGGAGGAGGAGGAGGAGGAAGAAGGCGAGGAGGAGCCCCUCCUGAGGGGCAUUUUCGAGAUCCAGAAGCGGAGCUGCGACGCAGUGCUCAGCCCCCGGAGGCUCAGCUGGAGAGCCAUCCAGCCGGAGAGACCCCGAGGUGAUUCCAGGAUGGGCUUGCAACAGAAGGAGGAAUAUGUUGAAAUGAAAGAUGUAUUUUCCAUAAAACUGAAACGUCGUCGCUUUGUUGGACAGCAAAAAGGUGGCUUAUUAUUAGGCAUUGCCAUUUUUGUGUGCUUAAAAAAAGAGGGCAACAAACUUAAAGAUUCCAUGAUCACUCUAAAUAACUUAAGUGAAGACCAUUGUCAUUUGUGGUUUCGAUGUUUGAAAGAAAUUCUGAAUGGUUUUCCAAAUAGGCCAAAGUCAUUAAAAGUGUUUGUCAAUCCUAGUAGUCAUAGGAAAGAGGCUACUUGCAUUUAUUAUGAGCAAGUUGCACCGCUCUUUAAGCUUGCUGACAUCAGAACUGACGUGACAGUUACUGAAUAUGAGGGACAUGCUGUUGCAUUACUUAAGGAAUGUGAUCUGACAUUAUUUAAUGGGGUGGUCUGUGUUGGUGGAGAUGGGACUGCCAGUGAGGUCGCUCAUGGUCUUUUGCUUAGGGCCCAAAUUGAUGCUGGAAGGGACCGUAAUGAUAUACUUGAGCCAACUAGAGCACAAAUUCCUCUUGGAAUAAUACCAGCAGGUUCUACAAAUAUUUUGGCACAUACUCUGAAUGGAGUCCAACAUGUACUAACAGCAACAUUGCAUAUAAUAUUGGGGCAUCUACAAUCAGUGGAUGUGUGCUCUUUCAGCAGUCCAUCAAAACUUCUUCGCUUUGGAUUCUCUUCUAUGUUUGGCUUUGGGUCAAGGACACUAGCUUUAGCUGAAAAGCAUCGAUGGAUGCCAUCAAAUCAGCGAAAAGAUUUUGCUGUGAUCAAGACACUGGCAAGUCUGAAGCCAGAAGACUGUGAAUUAUCCUUCCUGCCUUCAACACGCUUGCAGCAAGAUGUUGAGGAAAAUAGACAGAAUCAAGAGAGCCUUAAAUGUGAUAGCACUGAUGAGUGGAAGAGGAUCCAGGGUCACUUUCUGAACGUGAGCAUUAUGGCAAUCCCUUGUCUCUGCUCAAUGGCACCAAGAGGCUUGGCACCUAAUACCAGAUUGGAUGAUGGAAGCAUAGCUCUUAUUGUUGUACGAAACACUUCCCGUCCAGAAUUUGUUAAGCAUCUGAAAAGAUACAGUAGUGUGAAAAACCAGUUCAGUUUCCCCUUUAUUGAAACUUACAUUGUUGAAGAAGUAAAAGUCCAUCUAAGAACCCAAAAGGAGAACACCACUGAUAACAAUUUGAAUUCUGUAGAUCCCGAAAAAAGGAGCUAUCCGUGGAAUAUAGAUGGAGAUUUAUUGGAAUGGGCAUCAGAAAUUCAUGUUCGGGUACAUCCCCAAUUAAUUAAGCUAUAUGGAGAGAACGUUAAUAUCGUGGAUAAUCCAAAAGAAUCAUGCAGCUGUAUUUAGAAGACAUUUAUGAAAAGAGAUGAUCAAUUUUCCAACUAAAUCAUGUUCCUGUCUUGAGUAUUCCGUCAUAUAAGAUAAAGUGGUCUAAACUGAAACCCACCUGUAUAAUGAAGCUUCCCAGUGGAUAGUAUGUCAGCCAGAAGAAUUCAGUAGUUGAAGAGGAUGUUCUACACUGAACACUAUGAAUCUUUACUCAUUUCAUUGGCAAUUCAUUCAAAAAACUAUUCCAAUAUGAUAAAGAAAUAAAAUGAAUAUUUAGUAGAGAUGAAAACCAUUUCAGUGCUCAAAAAUAUUUUGCAAUGAAAAAAUAUAUAUAUAUAUAUAGUUUAAAGGGUAUAAUAAAAUAAAAACAUUAAAAAACAUCUUAAUUGAUGUAACUUUAACUCCUAAUAAACGACAACUGGAGAGUGUUUUUAGUGACUAGGCUUUUUCAAGAAAUGUUUUAAAACUCUUUUAGUAUUAUAGUUAAGAAGCUCCAUCUGAAGAUUCUACUUCACUCAAUACAAGUUCAGUUUCUUAGAAUUACUCUGGAAUUUCAGGAAUCUCCCAGUUACUACGUGUUUUGGUACAGGUACAACACGCCCCUGUACAUGUCUGCCUGCACACACCAUACUAAUCACUAGUUUGACAAGGAACAAAGAGUAUGAGUGAGCCCCUCCAACUCCCUCCCUGAAACAGCU